CGAGAAGGGAUGAACCUGCAUGACCCCUCAAUUCUCCAAUCUCCAAGUUUCCCCAACAGAUCACCAGCAUGCGGACAACAUGUGGACAUGCUAUUAACAUGAAUUGACGCACCUUACAACUAAAUUAGGCUGUUAAGUCCCGCUACCAAGCCCUUGGUUUGUCUUGGCAAGAGGGACAACCAAGCUGCCCAACGCUAUCUCGGCAGGGCAUCCGCCAAGGCUACCCCACGAAUUGGCCUGCUCGGCAAAGCUUGCCCGUCCUGUGGCGCUGUCCUCUCUCGAGUCAGAAAGCUUCGUGUCAGUCAACUACAAUCAUCGGCGAGUUCUUAGGAACUUAACCAUCUCAACUCUGGUCGCAGCUGCCAAAGCUUGCUGCAAACAAGGAAAAUAGGAAAGGAUCAUCAUCAAUAAUCUCCCAGUUUUCCACCCCGCAGUUCCGAGUCAGCUUUUACUCUUGCUCUCUUAAUAUGGCCAGGCUUGCGAACAUACGCAGCAGUAGCUCUUACGUAGUAGCUUCAUUAUUCAAGCUUAAUGAAUAACCGGGACGAUUAGUGCUGAGUAUAGUAUGGGGAAACUGAGAAUAUAAGUACGAUUCCAUCCCUCACUUUAUUUCCCCAUCGAAACAUUAGCAAAUCCUUCGCAAUGCAGCUCCGUAACCUUGCGCUCACCAGCGCGCUCUGCGCCACAACCGUUCUGGCCUCGGUGACUAAUGUCUACCCAAACGUCAUCCAGACUGGCCCCAGCAACGCUCUCUAUGUCUCUGGGGCAUCUGGUCUCGAUGGACCAAAGAUGUCCCCAGGCAUCAACGCCACGACCUUCGACUGGUGGUACUUUGAUGCCGUUUCAACCAACGGAAAUGCCGCCGUUGUCAUGGUCUUCUACCUGUCCACCGAUUUGGGCUUCUCAUUCGUGCCUCCGCUUUCGGCCCUCUCUGUCGACAUCUUUGCCACUUUCGAUGAUGGAAGCCUUGUGUUCUUGCCAUUGAACAACUUGCCUUACACGGCUGGACAGGCAACUGUUGUCACCGAUGGUGACGGAGCAUCUGGUAACUGGCAAGGAACUGGUUUCUCUUUCGAGGGAUCCCCUGACUUGUCCACCUACAAGGUCACGGUUGACAGCCCGGUUCUUGCCAUCAAGGGUACGCUCGAGCUGACGUCUCGCGCGCCUGCCCAUUACCCAUGUGGUCCCAAUGAGGCUGGCCAGAGACUCGACGUCUCGCCUAAUGUCGGAUGGGCCAAUGCUAUGCCUGAUGCGGAUGCUGUUGCAGACUUCACCGUUCUUGGCAGACCCCUCAAGUUCACCGGUAUCGGUUACCAUGACAAGAACUGGGGAGACAAGCCAUUCACCACCCACGUAUCCAGCUGGUACUGGGGACACGGCAGACUCGGCCCAUACUCCAUCGUUUGGUUCGAUGUUCUCGGAAAGGAUGGAACUGAGUACUUCAGCAGCUACGCCGCCAAGGACGGCGUAAUCGUUGCCACUCAGUGCGGUCCCGGUUCCAUCAAGGUUCGCCCAACUGGCAAGAACUCCCAGUACCCCCCAAAGAUCACCUCUGGCAACCCCGAGGGUCUUCACAUCGACCUCGACCUCGGUGCCGAGGGCAUGCUCCGCGUUAAUGUUACGGCCCAUUCCGUUCUUGCUGACGCCUUCCUCUACUACCGCGCCUCUGGUCUGCUCGUUGGUGGUGUUGAUGGCGGUCCUCAAUACACUGGUGUCUCUGUGUACGAGGAGUUCAAGCUCCAGUUCUAAGCGAACAAACCAUUUGUAGCAGUAGUUUAAACACAA